AUGUCGUACGACGAUGAGUACUUGAGAAAACUGAUUCAAGGGAUUACGUUUCAUAAUCCAAAAAUUCUUUCUGAUGUUGUGGAGAGGUUGGAAAAUGUUGCACCAGAUGGGCAUUGUGGGUUUCGAGCUUGUGCCGAAAUGUUGGGAUUGAGUGCUGAUGAUGGAUGGAAGACAGUCAAGAUUGAGAUGGAGCGAGAACUGACAGUGAAUUCUGAGAUGUACAUACCAAUAAUUGGCGGAGUGGAAGAAUAUACAAAGAUACUUACAACUCUCCGGUAUAGAAGGCCAUUUGCAACUCAAUUGUACUGGAUGGUUUUGCCUGGCAUGGGAUACAUUUUUGCCUCUGCAUUCAACUGUAUUUUUUCCUCAUAUUCAAAUAUGCGAAGUACAACAUGGUUACCAUUGAAGACCCCCCCUCCAGUAGAUUUCAAAGUUGUGACGAUUCUUAAUCUUGACAAUGAACAUUUUGUCAAAGCAAUAUUGAAACCUGGUGCUCCCCUUCCACCAGUUCUCAAUGGGUGGAAUUCUAUAUGCACCGAGGAGGCGCUACUUUGGACUCCACACAUGGAAAUGCUGCACCGGGGAUGGGAGAAUAUCGAGCAAAAACUGCUUGGACAAGGUGUACAGGUUAUAGAAGAGAUUGACCUUGAUGAACCAUGA